UGCGAUCCAUUUACCUACGGCACUGACACAUGUAACCAGAACUGCUCCUGUGAACAACAAGGCACAUUGUUUUGCAACACUUUCACCAGCCAGUGUACUUGUAAAAAUGGUUGGACUUCUGCUAACUGUGAGGUCGACAUCAAUGAAUGCGAUAAUCCCAACACUUGCCCAGAUUUGUAUUCUCUGUGUUUUAAUACAAAAGGAAGCUACAUGUGUGUCUGU